CCCAUUCGCCUCCAGUCCACAGCUGUAUCCAGAGCCACUUACUACACCCAAAAGAUGGCACCGGUGGCCGGCAAGAAGGGCAAGAAGGGCAUCUUAGAACGUCUAAAUGCCGGAGAAGUUGUGAUCGGAGAUGGAGGAUUUGUCUUUGCCCUGGAAAAGAGAGGCUAUGUAAAGGCUGGACCCUGGACCCCGGAAGCGGCUGUGGAGCACCCGGAGGCAGUUCGCCAGCUUCACAGGGAGUUCCUCAGAGCUGGCGCGAACGUCAUGCAGACCUUCACGUUCUACGCCAGCGAGGACAAGCUGGAGAACCGAGGGAACUACGUGGCAGAGAAGAUAUCCGGUCAGAAGGUCAAUGAAGCUGCCUGCGACAUUGCGCGGCAGGUGGCGGAUGAAGGAGAUGCUUUGGUGGCGGGAGGUGUGAGUCAAACACCUUCAUACCUUAGCUGCAAGAGUGAAAUAGAAGUCAAAAAAAUAUUCCAGCAGCAGCUGGAGGUCUUCAUGAAGAAGAAUGUGGACUUCCUCAUUGCCGAGUAUUUUGAGCAUGUGGAAGAAGCUGUGUGGGCAGUAGAAGUAUUAAAAACAUCUGGGAAACCUGUGGCUGCUACCAUGUGCAUUGGGCCUGAAGGAGAUCUGCAUGGCGUGUCCCCCGGAGAGUGUGCAGUGCGGCUGGUAAAAGCAGGAGCCGCCAUCAUCGGUGUGAACUGCCACUUUGACCCCGCCACCAGCCUACACACUGUGCGCCUCAUGAAGGAGGGUCUGGAAGGCGCGCGGCUGAAAGCCUACCUGAUGAGCCAGCCCUUGGCCUACCAUACUCCCGACUGCGGCAAACAGGGCUUUAUUGAUCUCCCUGAGUUCCCCUUUGGCCUGGAACCCAGAGUUGCCACCAGAUGGGAUAUUCAAAAAUACGCCAGAGAGGCCUACAACCUAGGGGUCAGGUACAUCGGCGGCUGCUGUGGAUUUGAGCCCUACCAUAUCAGGGCCAUUGCGGAGGAGCUGGCCCCAGAGAGAGGAUUUCUGCCUCCAGCUUCAGAGAAACAUGGCAGCUGGGGAAGUGGUUUGAACAUGCACACCAAGCCCUGGGUCCGAGCAAGGGCCAGAAAGGAAUUCUGGCAGAAUCUUCGGAUAGCUUCUGGCAGGCCGUACAACCCUUCAAUGUCUAAGCCAGAUGCCUGGGGAGUGACCAAAGGGACAGCGGAGCUGAUGCAGCAGAAGGAAGCCACCACUGAGCAGCAGCUGAAAGAGCUCUUUGAUAAACAAAAGUUCAAGUCUGCACAGUAGCCACGGGGCAACUGUUUGGGGCGAAUUCUUCUAUGUCUGAGCCACAAUGUGCACAUAGAAGGAGAGGCGGCUGCAAGGCAAUGCUUAUGUCUUACCUGUACCUGUGCUUGGCCUUAGCUAGACAAAAUGAAAACACAAAGAGCGCUUUACAGUUAUAAGGGGUGCCCUAGAAGCAAAGAGAGGAAAAGUCCACAGUAAACCCUAGACAGGUUUCCUAAGUGUGUGUCAUGUUAGCAGGUGUUCAGGAAAUCACUGUAGCAAAGAGAAAGUCACUCGCAUGUUAACCCCACUUCCGGCAGGAGGCUGGAACAGAGCAAUCACUCAGGGACCAUAUCAUGCAUGGCACAGAGACCAACUUUAUCUAAGGUGUUACUAGCAGUGAACCCCAAGGUCUUUGGAGCAUGAUCCUUAGUGAGAAACGUUUGAUGUAACAGCACUGUAAAACAGAACAUAGAAGCGCAAGGAAGAAACAAAUUGUCCAUUCUGGAAUUUUCUGUUCCUAUUUCCUCCCAUCCCACUGCAUUAAUAAA